UUAUAUGCAUAUUUAAUAAAUUCUUACUCAAUAUAUAAACAUCUUUCGAAAAUUUACAAAGAUACUUUUAAAUAUAUGCAACAUCUUUAUAAAAUUUAGAUGUCAAAUUCAAUAAUGUAUUCCAAAAAAUUUAGGAAAAUGCUAUAGAUAUUUAAAAGAUAAUUCAAAUUUAUUAAAUAUAUAUUCAUGAAAAUCUUCUUAAAUAUACAUUUAAGAAUAUAUUUUUUUAAUACACAUUUUUGAAAAAAAAAUCUAUAUCUUAUGAACAUAUUAUACAUAUGUAUCAAUAUCUUUCUUUUUUUUUGUAAAAAAAUCUUCUAUUAAAAUGCAGGAGAAAGAAAAGGGUUACAUAGUUUUUACUCAGUGGCCAAGUGGCCAUCAAUAUCUUUCUUAAUUUUAGGAAGAUAUUAUACUUAUUCAAGAAUUUUUCCUAAACUCAAAUUUAGAAAGAUAUCCUUUACAUUAAGGAAAGAUAUCAUACACAUUUUUUUUUUAAAAAUGCAUCUACAGUGGAAAAAGAAGAAGUAUCUAAAUAGUCAUAAUAAUUUUAGGAACAUAUUAUACUUAUAAAAAAUUCUAUAUGUUAUGAACAUAUUAUACAUAUGUAUCAAUAUCUUUCUUAAAUCUAGGAAGAUAUUAUACUUAUGCAAGAAAUUUUCCUAAACUCAAAUUUAGAAAGAUAUCCUAUACAUUUAGGAAAUAUAUCAUACACAUUUAAAAAGUUUUUUGCAUCUACAGUAGAAAAACAGAAAGUAUAUAAAGACUCAUAAUAAUUGUUAGACAAGGAAAACAAUUCACAUUAGAAUUUGUAAUCUAAUAUUUUGUAUUAGUCACAUCUGAAAUUUAGAUCCGAUAUAACGUAGGACAAUGACAAAUAAGACAAACAACAAACUAUUGUAUUUUAUCAAGAGAAAAAAACACAAAUUAUUGUACGUAUUAUAAAUAACGAGAUUUGUUUAUGGCUCUUAAAUCAUGAUUGAUGACAGAACUGUUUAGAUAUAUAUUAUAAACUUUAGAAAACUUUAGUUUCUAUCAAUCAUCCCCGUAAUUCUCCAUUUGAUGUCAAUCCCCAUUUCUUUUUCACAAAUAUAAUUAUCAUUUUUAUAAAAUAACCGUAAUCUCUUACACAUAAUCCGUCAUGGCACGUGCAUCCUAUUGGGCAAACUCAUUUAAUUAAUAUAUUAAGAGAUUAAUCUUUUGUCUUUGUCCACAUUUAGUCAUCUAACAAAGGUAAAUAUAUUAGAAAAAGAUUGCCAUAAAACUCAAAGUAAUUCAUAGUUUCACUUGUCGACACGAUAUAUUUUUGUCCUUGUGUGUUGUGUCCCAAAACAAAUAAUAAUAAUAAUAAUAAUAAUUUUAACACGUUUCAUUAAUAAAGAAAGAGAGAUUGCUUUCAUCUUCUUGAGCCGAUUUCUGGAUUCUCCUCCACCACAAUUUACCCUUCUUAUAAACUCCUUCCAUCAAUCAAAUUUUUUAUUUAUUUAUCACAAAUCCUCUUCUCUCUAAAACGUCUCACAUGAGCAAGAGCAAUAUCAGUACAUAAAAAACAAAGAAUAUGACCAAGAACAAGAAGGAAGUGAAUAUCGAGACAAGGAAAGGGUCCACGAUGGAUGAGUGGCCUGAGCCAAUCGUCAGAGUUCAGUCCUUAGCCGAGAGCAACCUCUCCUCUCUCCCCGACCGCUACAUCAAACCAGCAUCUCAACGUCCCACCACGAUAGAGGAGGCUCCUGCCGCGACCAACAUACCAAUCAUUGACCUUGAAGGACUCUUCUCGGAAGACGGGUCGCCAGACGAGGCCAUCAUGGCUCAGAUAUCGGAGGCUUGCCGUGAGUGGGGAUUCUUCCAGGUGUUGAACCAUGGUGUGAGGCCAGAGCUGAUGGACGCGGCUAGGGAGAAUUGGAGAGAGUUUUUCCACUUGCCGGUUAAUGAGAAGGAGACUUAUAGAAACUCACCAAAAACCUAUGAAGGAUAUGGAAGCAGACUAGGAGUUGAGAAAGGAGCCAUUCUUGACUGGAGUGAUUAUUACUUUCUCCAUCUUCUUCCUCUUCAUUUGAAAGACUUCAACAAGUGGCCUUCUUUUCCUCCCACCAUUAGAGAAGUGAUCGAUGAGUAUGGCAAGGAAGUAGUGAACCUAUGCGGGAGAGUCAUGAAGGUAUUAUCGUUAAACUUAGGAUUAAAGGAGGAUGAGUUUCAAGAUGCUUUUGGAGGUGAAAACAUAGGGGCAUGUUUGAGGGUUAAUUAUUAUCCAAAAUGCCCUCGACCAGAGCUGGCUCUAGGUCUCUCCUCCCACUCUGAUCCUGGCGGUAUGACUAUUCUCUUACCAGACGAUCAAGUCUUCGGUCUUCAAGUCCGUAAAAAUGACAUGUGGAUCACCGUCAAGCCUCAUCCUCAUGCGUUCAUCGUUAAUAUCGGUGAUCAAAUUCAGAUACUAAGCAACUCAGCAUACAAGAGUGUGGAGCAUAGAGUGAUAGUGAACUCGGAGAAAGAGAGAGUUUCGCUUGCUUUCUUCUACAAUCCUAAAAGCGAUAUACCAAUCCAACCAUUACAAGAACUUGUAUCCACUCAUAAUCCUCCUUUAUAUCCUCCAAUGACCUUUGAUCAAUACAGACUCUUUAUCAGAACUCAAGGUCCACAAGGCAAAUCUCAUGUUGAAUCUCAUGUCUCUCCUCGUUAAUUGUUUUCCCUUCCUAUAAAGAAAAUUAAAUGUUUUGGUUUGUUUCAUGAUUUAUAUCUGACUUGUAUGUGUACAAUCUUUCAGGAUCUGAUUUACCUUCGAGUAAAUAAAUAUUGAAUGAGAUAUAUUGUUAUACAAUAAUGUUUUAGUA